AUGCAUUCGAUUUCUAUUAUUGUUAUUAUGGUUUCUAUUUGUUAUAUAAACGUUAAUGGUCAAGAUAUGCGAAAUUUUUGUUCUGCUAAUUCAAAUUUAUGCAAUAAUGGAGGAACAUGUGUAAUAACAUCAAACAAUGAUUUCAGAUGUCUAUGUCGAUCAGGUUUUACAGGAAUUCGAUGUGACGACAUUGAGAGUGGAUCCUUUGCGAUUGUCAGAAAAAGUGCAAAGAAUUCAUUUGAAAAAUUAAAUAAUGCCUGUCCGAUUAAUCCAUGCUACAAUGGAGGAACAUGUUCAAUAGUAUUAGGUAGUGCCUUCAAAUGUGCUUGUCCUCCAAAUUUUAAAGGAAUGUUUUGCGAAGCAGUUAACGAUAUAAAUCAAUGCGCCUUUGAAAUUUGUGAGAAUGGUGGAAGUUGUGUACCAAAUUCAAGCGAAGGUGUCAAAUGCAUAUGUACUGCUGAAUGGACUGGUCCAUUAUGUGACUAUCCUACAAGUAACUUCUAA